CUGCUGUGGUCUUAGAGAAGUUUCGUUUUCUGGUCAACGCCCAUCUUCACAUCACAGAUACCACGGAAGCAGGAAAUAAUAGGUUCUCGUGCACCUGACGCUGAGUCUAACCGUCUUGUUCGAACAUAGCACGUUGAUUUAAUUCUUGCAGCCAGCGGUCACUAUGUCAGAGAAAGACGAAGAGACAUUCAAAUCUGUGGAUUUGGAGCAGCAAACCGAGAAGUCUCCGGAACCAGACAUCAAUCCUCAAGAAUCUCCAAGUGAAAAAGAAACCGAUAAACCCAGCACACCUUCUACAGAAGCCAAGGGAGAAAGCACCCCCUCUACACAUGCUUCAGCAGCCAAAGUUAAAUGGACAUCAUCUGCGGAACAGUUUAAACUGAGAAGAUUUUUUGUCCUCAGGCCUGGAACACUGGACCAUGGCAUUGAGGAUGUUAAAGCUCUGGUGAAUCCCACAGAAGAUGGUCCGGUCCAAGGUAUCUGGCUCAUGGCUGAAGUUGAUCAUUGGAACAAUGAGAAAGAGCGAUUGGUGCUCAUCACAGAGAACACCCUCCUCCUCUUCAAAUAUGACUUUGUCAUGCUUAAUUGUGAGCAGAUUCAGAAGAUUCCACUCAACUUUAUCGACCGCAUCUGCCAUGGUAUCUUCUGCUUUCCACCACGCUCCCUCCUGACGAGAGAAGGUGAGGGCGUGCGGGUGUAUUGGGACAAACUCAGGGAACCAUCUUUCACUUCCCGUUGGAAUCCUUUUUCUGUUGAGUAUCCUUUCACUACAUUCACCUAUCACCCUGUCAGUAGUGCCAAUGAGGAGCUGGGCCGCCUGUGUGAUAUUCAAAACUUCAGGGAGCAGCUGACUUCAGCAGCACAGAAAGCCCACAACAAGAAUCCUGUACCUGGGAAAGCCAACGGAGUUCUUGUGCUGAAUCAACCCAUCCUAAUUGAAGCAUAUGUGGGUCUGAUGUCUGUUAUAGGCAAUCAAAACAAGUUGGGCUAUUGCUUAGCACGAGGCAAUAUUGGUUUCUGAGGGCACUUUGAGUCUUACAAUGAUGGUUUACACAAAGUUAUUCUCUUAUACCAGCUGGGCAUGUGUAAUUUAUACUUGUAUAAGAUAAUAAAUAUUAAUAUGGCUAUUUUAAAUCAAGGUGAAUGAAACCUUUUAGUUUCAUCUAGUUAUAUUGCCACAAGAUCUUAACAAUGUCUAUCAGUCAUUUCCUUUGGGUUGUGUCAUAACAAACAAGAAUGUUGUCCCUCCUCCUACGACUUCCUGUGUAGAAAUAUCUUGUUUUUAGUUUUCUGUUUUAGUUAUUUCUCUGCAGAAACUGAUUCUUCACAAUGUCACUGGCAAAGUGCCUUUCCUUUCUUUCUGUUUUAUGCUGAUAUUCUACCUUAACACAAGCCUUCUUACAAGGCAAUUGAUGCAUGAAGGUACACAAAUCAUAUUUGUUUGAUGGUUUAGGGUUUAUUAUUACAGUAGAACACAGUUCUGGAUUUUCCCUCAUCUUGUAAUUACUACAUUCACUCAGUCAUCUUGAUUUGUUUCUAUAACAGAAUGUCAAACAUAUUGUCAAGUCUUUUUGAAAAUAAAAAGUAAUACAGAAACUUGGUUCAUUAGUGCUGAAUACAAUAUAUUUUCAUUAACUACAUUUAGGAACAAUAAUAAUUAAAAAGUGCUUCAUUUAUCUGAGUAGUCUGCACGAUUUUGAUUUUUAGGGCAUUUCUAAGGUAGGGCAAGUGGCCAGUGUAACCAUGUCUUGUUGAAAAUAUUGUUAUAUAUGUUUUAUACUUGUACAUAUUCAAAAAUAAAACAAAUGUACUGUA